AUGGAUAAACUAUUAGCGGAAGCCGCAAAAAACGGGUGCAAGCUACAUAGUCAAGUAGAGUUUGUUUCUGCCGACGAUGAGCUUUCUACUUACGGUGAAUAUGUAGCUACCGCAAAGGCUGAUAUUGAACCAAAUGAAGUCCUUAUUUCCUGCCCAUUUGAAUAUGCCAUCACUUAUGAAAUAGCUUUAACUUCUCUACAAUCCAUAAAUCCCAAUUUUAUUUCCUUGUCUCGAGAAGUAGUUCUAUAUACCUUUUUGGCUUUGGAAAGCUUGAAAGCAUCGGAAAGCAAAUGGGCUGCAUAUAUUGAGUAUCUUCCCAAAAGAUUUAAUACCCCCAUAUAUUUCGACGAUGCGGAUAAGCAAUACCUAAAAGCUACGAAUAUCGAGUUUGCUAUGCAAGAUCGAUUGCACAAUUGGCGACAUGCUUACGAAGACGUUUUGAAAUUGGGAUCAUUCUCUACAAAUCUAUUCACAUUUGAUCUUUUCAUUUGGGCUGCAACUGUGUUUACAUCCAGAUGUUUUUCUUCUGGCUUAAUUAAUUCGAAAAUCAGCAAGGAAGAUGCAAGUCCUAUUCUUCUUCCUCUGAUUGAUAGCUUAAAUCAUAAACCUAGACAGCCAAUCCUUUGGAAAACAGAUGUUCGAGAUACUAUGUCAAUCCAGUUGGUAUCUCAAAACGCUACUUCUAAAGGUCAGCAGAUUUUCAAUAAUUAUGGUCCUAAGGGGAAUGAAGAAUUACUUUUGGGGGUAUCUGUUCAUCCUGAUUUACCGUAUAGAAAGCAAAAAACAUCUGUCUUGCAACAGGACAGCACUUUUAACUUGAAUAAUCUGAUAUUUUUCUUCCCUAAAAAUGCGGAUUUUUCGGCGUUUGAAAAAGUCUUGCAAUGCCUUACUGUUGUUAGUGCGUCGUCUUUGGAAUUAAAGCGUAUUCUGGCCCAUCAAGCUAUGUUUGGGUUAUCUUCCUAUAACUCGUCUCUGCGCGGUAAAAUCAAGUCAUUUGAGAUUUUACUCAUGUACAUAAAUUCGCGCCUGCAGCUCCUUUUGAACAAUAACCCGAAGCAGAGUCCUACAAACAUACGCCAACAAUGGGCUAACAUAUAUAGAAAAAGUCAAAUAAGUAUCUUGGAACGAUCUUUAGAAAAAGUGAAAGAUUUCAUGGAAAGUGAACUGAAAAAGGUAUACCUUCCGCUCCCUAACCUUUUGCAAUACCUUGUCCUGAACUCCAUUUCUGUUUUUCUACUUCAGCAUCCCAACUUUUCUCCUCUUUCAAAAGUAAUUACAGAACUCUACGGAACUACAGAUGCCGAGAGCAUUGCUGCUAGUGAAGAACAAGAUAACGUUGUACUUUUAAUGUGUUUAUAUUGCUUAUCUGCUCAAGAAACACUUCCCUUUUCAAUAAAGAUGCUUCAAGAAGGAUAUCCUGCCUCAAGCACGGAAGAGGGAGACGAGGUCUUUGAAAUUUUUGAUGAAAUGGUUUUUCAACAUUAUCCAGAUGUUUUCGGCAAUAAAAAAUUUUUUAACAAGGAAAAUAUGUCAUGGGCAUUACAAUUGAUAAAUGAAGAAUCUAUAGAUUUUUCUGGAUUUACAUUUGUCAUUGCACAUACUUGA